GGGGCGGUCGGCUGGGGACCCGGCUGCACCGGGCGUACCGAGUGGGCCGGAGCGGGAGCGCCGCCAACGCGGUCACGUGCACGGCCCCUCCUCUCGCGCCGGCCUCCCCCGCGCGCCGCGCUCUCCAUUCAUAAAUUCUCCGCCGGCUCCGCGGCCACCAGGUGCCGGAGCCAGCCGGGAACGCCGCUCAGCCGCCGCCCGCAGCGCAGCCCGCAGCCCAUGGGCCGCACGCCCCGGCGCUGAGCCUUCACAAUGCAGCCCACGGCCACCAUGGCCACAGCCGCGGCCACCACCGCCACGGCUGCGCUGACGACAUCGUGGGACAAUGCCACCAGUCAUCCCACGGCUGCGCCAGACCCCAUACUGGACAACUAUGUGCUGCUGGUGGUGGUCAUGUCGCUGUUUGUCGGGGGCACUCUGGUGGUCUUGUCCGGUGUCCUGCUCUUGUGCAAGCGCUGCUGGGAGGUCCACCAACGCUUCAACAGGGCCAUGGAGGAAGCAGAGAAGACCACUACUACCUACCUGGACAAUAGCACCCACCCUGCCCAAGACCCCGACUUCAGGGGGGAGGACCCCGAGGGCCAGGAUGUGGAGACAGAGCGCUUCCUGUCCACCAGCUCCACGGGCCGCCGGGUCUCCUUCAACGAGGCUGCCCUGUUUGAACAGAGCCGGAAGGCACAGGACAAGGGCCGCAGGUACACCCUGACAGAAGGGGACUUCCACCACCUCAAGAACGCCCGGCUCACCCAUCUACACCUGCCACCCCUCAAGAUCGUCACCAUACAUGAGUGUGAUUCUGGCGAGGCCAGCGUGGCCACUACCCCCCACCCUGCCACCACCCCCAAAGAUAGCCUGGCCAUAUUCCAGCCCCCGGGGAAGGCCCUCACUGGCCGCUCUGUGGGCCCCAGCUCCGCCCUGCCAGGUGACCCCUACAACUCGGCCGCAGGCACUGCCGACUUUGCGGAGAUCAGCCCCUCAGCAUCCAGCGACUCUGGGGAAGGCACUUCGCUGGACAUAGGUCCCAGGAGUGCCAAAGCUGGCGGGCCAGGGCCAGGGCCAGGGCCAGGGGCUGGGCCUGGGGCUGCAGCAGAGCCUGGGGAGGCAGGAGCAGGCUCUGGGGCAGGCACCAUGCUGCAGUUCUUCACCCGCCUGCGCCGCCAUGCCAGCCUGGAUGGAGCCAGCCCCUACUUCAAGGUCAAGAAGUGGAAACUGGAGCCCAGUCAGCGAGCAUCCAGUCUGGACACAAGAGGUUCCCCCAAGCGGCACCACUUCCAACGGCAGCGAGCAGCCAGCGAGAGCAUGGAGCAGCAGGAAGGGGACACCCCCCAUGCAGACUUCAUCCAGUACAUUGCUAGAGCUGGCGACGCCGUGGCCUUCCCACCCCCCAGUCCCUUUCUGGCCAGCCCCACCAGCCCACCCCCCUCUCUCGGCAGGCUAGAGGCAGCCGAGGCGGCGGGAGGAGCGAGCCCCGGGUCGCCCCCAGAGCACAGCGUUGGCGCGGGACUGCAGCAGCAGCCGCAGCAGCAGCAACUGGAGCCAGACCCCGAGCAGACCCAGGCCAGCUACCGCGACCUGUGGAGCUUGCGCGCCUCCCUGGAGCUGCACGCGGCCGCUGCCUCAGACCACAGUAGCAGCGGCAACGAUCGCGAUUCGGUGCGCAGCGGCGACAGCUCUGGGUCCGGGGGCGCGCCCCCGGCCUUCCCGCCGCCCUCACCUCCCGCGCCGCGACCCAAAGACGGCGAAGCGCGCCGGCUGCUGCAGAUGGACAGCGGCUACGCCAGCAUCGAGGGCCGUGGUGCAGGCGACGAUGCCGCCGAGCCACCCGCCGCUCCCGCCCCGCCACGCAGCCCACGCGCCUGGCCACGCCGUCCGCGGCGCGACUAUAGCAUCGAUGAGAAGACGGACGCGCUCUUCCACGAGUUCCUGCGCCACGACCCGCACUUCGACGACGCACCUGCUGCCACGCGACACCGCGCCCGCGUGCACCCGCACGCACGCAAGCAGUGGCAGCGCGGUCGGCAACACAGUGACCCCGGCGGCGCGCGCGGGGCUCCAGCCACGGGUGGCGCGGCCCCGCCCCCUGGAGCACCACGGCCCGCGCGUGCGCCCUUGCGCCGGGGCGACAGCGUCGACUGUCCACUCGAUGGCCGCGCGCUUGCCAGCACUGGCGACGACCCGAGCAUCCCCGUCAUCGAGGAGGAGCCUGGCGGGGGCUGCCCAGGCUCGGGUCUAUGCGUCGAGCCCACGGGGGCGCUGCUGGACAAGCUGGCGGCCAGCCUCGAUGAGAGACUCUUCCCGCACCGCCUCGCUGAGCCUGUCGCCGCGGCCCCAGCGCUGGUCGUCGCCGCGGCUCCCACGUCCCCUGACCACAGUCCGGCCUAAUCCCCGUGUCCCCAUCCCACCUCGGCAGCUUUUCCGGCGCCGCCCAGGACCAAGCUGGGGCGCGAAGUCCAGCACGUGUGCUGGGCGCCCUUCGCUGCCGCGCCCAGCCCGCCGCGUCUCGCUGCCCUGGGUGUGCGCGCACGGCCCCCUCCGGGCGCUUGGUGGGUCAUAGGACGUCCCGAGGGGCGAGGCUCGAGUGGCGGGACUAGUGAGCACCCUCCAGCCACCCUGGGCCCCCACGGGCGGAGGGUCCGUGGCCCAAGGCCCGUGUCCCAAGGCCCGUGUGAGGACUGCGAGCUCGAGCUGGGGGCCGACGCGGGCCGGGUGCACGCGGGAGCCCACCGCCCGCCGAAGCCGUUUACCUCACUACGGCGAGCGCCCUCCCACUCCCACUCGAGCAAUAACGGCGGCUGCCGCCCCACGCCCCCACCCUCCGCAUGUGGCCCGCCAGUGUUGAGACGUGAAGGAGACGGCCCAGGUGACACGGUCUCAAGUUUCCCCAGCUUUAUUUAUUGCCAAAAGAUGGGGCAGCCCGCGGCUGGGCAGCCCCUGCCGCUCCUCCAAGCUCUCCGCCCUGUCCGUACCGUGCAGCCAUGGGUCUCCUGUUGUGGUUCUGUUUCCCUGGUUGGUCAUAAAUAUUCACUGCGUAUUCUGA